AUGGCUGCUGCCGCUGCAGGAAGUCCACAAGCAGACCCACCCCACCCCUGGGACCAGAGCAGACCCACCCCACCCCUGGGACCAGAGCAGACCCACCUAGCCCCUGGGACCAGAGCAGACCCACCCAGCCCCUGGGACAAGAGCAGACCCACCCAACCCCUGGGACAAGAGCAGACCCACCCGACCCCUGGGACAAGAGCAGACCCACCCAGCCCCUGGGACAAGAGCAGACCCACCCAGCCCCUGGGACCAGAGCAGACCCACCCAACCCCUGGGACCAAAGCAGACCCACCCAACCCCUGGGACAAGAGCAGACCCACCCAACCCCUGGGACCAGAGCAGACCCACCCAACCCCUGGGACCAGAGCAGACCCACCCAACCCCUGGGACCAGAGCAGACCCACCCAACCCCUGGGACCAGAGCAGACCCACCCAACCCCUGGGACCAGAGCAGACCCACCCAGCCCCUGGGACCAGAGCAGACCAACCCAACCCCUGGGACCAGAGAGACCAACCCAACCCCUGGGACAAGAGCAGACCAACCCAACCCCUGGGACCAGAGCAGACCCACCCAGCCCAUGGGACAAGAGCAGACCCACCCAGCCCCUGGGACCAGAGCAGACCCACUCAGCCCCUGCGACCAGAGCAGACCCACCCCACCCCUGGGAACAGAGCAGACCAACCCAGCCCAUGGGACAAGAUCAUAUGCAGCCAGCCCGUGGGACCACACAGCAGUCGCUCCCAGCCCGUGGGGUGUAG